UCCACAUAAGUGGUUCACGGACAGCGGUCCCCUGGCAACGCAUUAAAACGUGAUGACGUAUUCUCGGGUAUGAGUAUUAUGGGCUGCCUGGAAUUAAGCAGCGAACGUGGAGAGAGAAAAUAUACGCGAGACAGAAGUAAACAUGGAGCUGUCGGCUGUCGGGGAAAGGGUGUUCGCGGCCGAAUCCAUCAUCAAACGGCGGAUACGGAGAGGUCGAAUGGAAUACCUAGUGAAAUGGAAGGGCUGGUCUCAAAAGUACAGCACCUGGGAACCGGAGGAAAAUAUCCUGGAUGCCCGCCUCUUCGCUGCCUUUGAGGAGAGAGAACGUGAGAGGGAAAUGUUUGGGCCCAAAAAGAGGGGACCGAAACCGGAGACUUUUCUGCUAAAGGCUCAAGCUAAAGCUAAGGCUAAAACGUACGAAUUUCGAAGCGAUAUAGCAAGGGGUAUUCGGGUAUCGUACCCCGUCCCAGAGCCGGUCAUUACUCCAAGAGCUCGGGAGGGGUUACGGACCAUUGUACCGACAAUUUUUCCUCCUAGCAGUAUCAACAGAGGGGAGAGUGUGCGGGUUCGUCCCCCGGAACCAGAACGUGUCCAGCGACCCGUAGCAUCACCCCGACAGGUCUCCGAAGGCGUCGUCUCGGCGCCCAAGAAAAGGGGCCCUAAACCCAAGUUACGUUUCAAAGACAAUUUCAACAGCUGUCCACCCCAAGAACCUGUCAAGAGGAGCAGGUCGGAAGACCAUAUGUCAUUUGUCCCGUCGAAAAUGGGAAAGCACUGUCACCCCGAGGCUGAGAAAUCCAAGCUGAGUGUUAUACAGUUAGCCCGACGGCAUCAGGAGGAUUCUCAUUAUGCCAAAAAGCAGGUGCGAUGCGUAACCAGCGGAAGCACUAUCAACUUCAGCACUCCUCACAGAGCAGGUCUGGACUUUACCACCAGCAGGACUAAAGAGGGUUCAGGUGGUGUCCUGGUUCAACCCAAACUACAGCACAUUUCAAAAAGUAAUUCCCAUGGACACAGUAGCUCACAACCAAGGGAACAGCCCGACAUGCUCACCACAAUUCCAGUGAACAGAAUUUUUGGAGAGCCCGCUGAGGGCACGUGGACCCCAUGUCUGUCCAAUAUGGAGAAGGUUGUAGUGACAGAUGUAACCACAAACUUUUUGACCGUGACCAUAAAGGAGAGUAGCACGGAUGAAGGAUUCUUCAAAGAGAAAAGAUGA